GGAAUGGAAUAGCAAUUUGUGACUACAGUUAGCGAAUAUCUACAUGGCGUGCGUAAAAUGCUCCUGAAUGUUUGUAAUAUACACUUUGAUACUUGUACUGUCAUCACUGCUGCCACUAACUCAUUGUACUGCUGAUUCGUCAACAAAGUUCCGAGAAACAAAGAAUGACUCACGAGUCCUCGUUUUCGAAUCGUCCUCGCUCUUUUUAGUCCUGAAUUUCGACAACUUCAUUCCGAAGAACUGUGCCUAUAACGUAGACCGAUUAGGAAUGCUUGACAGCAGUCUGAAUUAUCAACUUACUAUUUCGGACUGUGAUUGGAGUAUGGAUUUGUUGAGGUCAUCAAUUGAGGAUUUGGACCUUCAAUUUUAUAAUAACCAUGAUUCGGUUCUGGAGCGGGAAAAGCGAACUCCGACUGCGGAAGACCUUAUCAAGUUUGAAGAUCAGAAUCGACUCAGGUUGGACAAUAUCACGGACCCCGAGUUUGGAAACCAGUGGCACUUAGUCAAUAGAUUAGUGCCUGGCAAUGAUGUGGAGUGCUGGGAGGUGUGGGAAGCAGGCAUUCUGGGAGACAACACUCACGUCGCCAUCAUUGACGACGGAGUGGAGUGGGAGAACCCAGACAUCCAAGACAACUUUUGUUGGAAAUGCAGCUAUGAUCUCAAUGGAGAAGAUGGGGAUCCAACACCUAGACUGGACAUUGAGAAUGGCAAUCAUCACGGGACACGGUGUGCAGGGUUGAUUGGAGCUGUUGCAAACAAUGUGUGUGGCGUCGGCGUUGCUCCCCGCUCCAAAAUUGGAGGUAUCCGCGUGCUUGAUGGAGUAAUCACUGAUGCAUUAGAAUCCCGUGCUUACCAUGUUGGGUUUCAUAGCAACGAUAUCUACAGCUGUUCCUGGGGUCCAAAAGACAAUGGAACAGUUAUUGACGGCCCUCAUAAACUCACCAAGGAGGCCAUGAUUUAUGCGGCCAAUGUGGGACGCAAUGGAAGAGGUGCUUUGAUUGUGGUAGCAAGUGGCAACGGUGCUUCCUACGAAGACUCCUGUGCAUUCGACGGAUACGCCUCCUCUGUGUACACUCUAACCAUUGGUGCCAUUGACAGUCAUGAUCAAGUUCCUGGUUACUGCGAGAGUUGCUCUGGUCUGCUGGGUCUGGCAUACAGUGGAGGAGACUCGUAUACCGUUCCUUUCAGUCCUGGAGUGACUACUACUGACUGGUUGUUGGGUCUAGGAACUGGGUGUACCGAUUCGUUUUCUGGAACAUCAGCGUCUGCACCCCUAGCUGCUGGCAUAUACAGUCUCGUUCUCGAAGCGCGUCCUUGUUUGAUUGUGCGCGACGUGUUCUGGAUAACAGCAUUAACUAGUCGACAUGUGGCAAUGAUGACAGCCGAAGUGAGCGAACCGUGGUCAUUGAAUGGAGCCGGGCUGUACCACACGAACAAACACGGUUUCGGAAUCCUAUCUGCAACUAGACUGGUCAAAGCGGCUUUGGUAUGGCCCGGAGUUCCCUGGAUGACGAUAUUUUCUACACCGGUUUUGAAUGGAGAUGGUGAUUUGAAAUUCACAGUUCACGAUGAGCUAGAAGUCACCUACAACCUAAAUGAAGAAACGUCGAGUGAGUUCUACUUAUACACUAUAGAACAGGUCGUCCUGACUAUCAAGGCCUGGGCUCCAGCGAGAGGCGCUAUCUCAGGGGUGCUGACUUCCCCAGCAGGCUCCAAAUCACGUCUAAUACCCACUCGCAAGAACGAUUUAGAUGAGCAACUUUUGCAGUUCAACUUCAACUCUCUGCAUUUCUUUGGCGAAUCACCCGUGGGUGCGUGGAAGCUUACCCUAACUCUUGAACCGUUCGCUAAACACGGUCGUAUCUCACAAGGAUCCAUAUCAGAUUUUCUUGCCACUGUAAAGGAGACGCUGGGAUUUGGAUCUGAUGGUGCUUGUCUGGAUAAGUAUGGAGAACAGUCUAAAACAUGUGCAGUCCUGCAUUACUGGAGAUUGACUUUUCAUGGGUCACCACUGCCUCACGAGGAAGUUGCUAAGAGAAUCAAAUUGGUGGAGGAAGCGCAGAGUUUGGACAUUGAUGACCUGAAGACGCUAUCAAUGAACUUGACCUGCAGUCAGCCACUGAUUGACUUCGGCCACAACGAACAUCUCAUUCCUUAUUACGUUCUUAAGACACUCUGCCUGCUUGAACUGUUCAUUGGACUUAUGGGUGUCUGGAUAAUACUAGAAGAUCUGGUCAUUCCAAUGUGCUGCUGUGUCGAAGAAGACGAGAACGAAAACCUACCCCUCCUCCCCCACCAAGCAGAACCGGCAGUGUCGGAAGGAGAAAAGUUGCGGGGUGCAUGCGAAGACAGGGCAGUGCAUUGUUUGUCGUCAGUGAAGUCUUGUUGUAAUAGAUUAUGCGCAGGAAAACUUAACAACAGAUUAUCUCAAGUUGUGAAUGACGAAGAACUCCUUCCACUUUCACCGUCAUAACCUUUUUAUGUAAUUGACUGUGCACAUCAAACGUAGCCUUGUCAUCUUCGCAGAACCUUUCUUAACGAGGUCUCAUAGCAGUAUCUUAAAAUAAAGGCCAUUUUAUUAACAUAGGAGCUUUUGAGCUCUUUGCGGAGAACUGCUGUUGUGACCGCAAUGAAAAAUUUUUGCUUUUUUGGUUAAUUUACUGUGUUUACACGAACCUAGCGUAGUGUGAUAGUACGAUGCAUCUUUUUUUUUCAACCAAAAUUGCAAUUAAAAGUUCCACUUUUUAGUGGAACUUAUGAGUUAGUAGGUUAGCAUUAGGUUACAUUUGAUUAGCAAUAAACUA